UGCUGCUUUACUCGUUUGGCCCAUAGCCUCACUCUCUCACUCUCUCACUCUCUCUAUCAAUUUCACAUUCUCGCACUCUUCUCCUCAGUUCAUCACAAAUUAUUUUCCAUUCAAAACCCCUAAAUUCCUCCCUCCGCUAGUAUGGAUAGCCUCUAAUGUCGCCGUAAGCCAUAGAUUUUGUUGUUUCUUUUGGUCCUGAAUAAAAUUUUGCGGGGAGGAAAUUCUUCUUUUUCUGCUGUGGAUUUUGAACGAAUCGAACCCUAGAUGGACUUGCUUAGGGCGUUUAACAGAUUUGAGCAGAGAAUUUUGAAAUCUUAGACUUCCAUGGGGUCAGAUUAUCCAUCUGUUUAAUAGAAAUCCGCAUGAUUAAACUUGGGUAUCUGAGGUGGUUUCUGUAUGUCAAAUGGAGUCGAAUCCCGUAAUUUUUGAUAUCAGCUCUGAUGAGGAGGCGGCCUUUGAUGAGCCCAGAGGUGGAGAUGAUGACCAUGACUGGUUGACUGAACUCCUCCAGACAGUUGAUAAAGAAAUCGCCUCCUCUGACGAGGUUAUUGUAGUGGGCGAGUAUAAUCCUCCGAAGCCCAAGUCAAAGUCUAAGUCAUCGAAACCGGUGAAAGAUGUUGAGGAUGAUGAUUGUGUGGUUUUGGACGGGGACCCAGAUGAGCAAGUUGAUGUCGUUGAUGAUACGGCCAGCGACGGUGAUGAUGUGCUUGUUGUUGGGCAAAAGGGACAGGUUGCAUGUAGAGACUAUCCUCAUCCACGACAUCUUUGUGCUAAAUUUCCUUUCAGUUCAACCCCACAUGAAAGACACUGUGAUUUGUGCCACUGUUAUGUCUGUGACUCAAUUGCACCAUGUGCACACUGGGGCACAGGUGUCUCCAAAAUUGACCAUUGCCAUGCCACUGAUAAACAGGAGAUAUGGAAAAGUCAGCGGGAAAAUUUCAGGCUAGGAAAAAGGGCUUCAUUACCAAUUUCAAAAUUUACUGAUGUUCAGCUUCCUGGGGCAGCAUCCGAACUUAACCAAGUCGCACCCCUUGAUUUUAUACAAUUGGCACCCAACUUAGUGUCACAAAAUCAGCUCUCCAGGCCUACUACAAUUCGUGCUUGCUCAUCUGCCAGGUUGAAUACUCCAAAUAUUAUAAGCCAGAGUAGAAACAAACGACCAAGAUUUGCUCAGGGUAGAAAUGGAUUACUGCCUCCAUCAGUUUCACAGCAGGCAGGCAGUAUAUGUAAUACUGCCAUUGUACGAAAUAGAGGCCAACAAUUUGUCUCCUCUAAUACAAUGUUUAAAAGGCCAGGGAUCAGGGGUACUUUUGCCAUGGAGCAGUCUAUCUGUGGCUCUGUGAACAAAAAGAAUUGUGCUCCUGCAUCACACUAUGCUAGGAAUGCUGUUUCAAUGGCCACAGCAAAUGCUCAAAUUCCUUCUAGGUGGCAGGAUGCUUUACCCAACAUGAUUCCACACACAUAUACUUAUCGGAACCCCUCUCAGCCCAACAUGGGUAGUGCUACUUUAAAUGUGGUGCCUUCUCGACCUGAAGAGUACAGUCAGCCUAUUCCGCAGUCAAUUGGUGCCCAGAACAUUUAUCAGAAUCAAAGUCAAACUGGCAUCAAUUCAAGUUUUCCGGACUUUGACUUUGAUCUGAUUAGCAACUUCAGCGAAAGCAAUCAGCAAGUUUCAGCUGAAAUUAAUCAUCCGCAUGGCCCAGGGUCAAACAAAGAGCCCACAGCUGACAAACAGUUUAUUUCCCAGCUUGCUGAAAGCACUGAACUAUAUGAGGACUAUGAUUAUGAGAGAUGGUUGUUAGGCCAAUCUGAUGCAGUAGUCUCAGAAGAUUGUGUGCCUGUUGAUUUGAAUUUGUUUUCUUCUGAACCUUGUGCUUUCGAUGCAGGUACGUUUUUGUUUUGAUUUGGAUACCUAUUUGUAAUGAUCUGCGCCUGUGUGGCCACAAUUGCUAGUUGUGCUUUUGUAAGUGUGGAAGUGUGUUGAUUCAACAGCCUUAUCCCAUUUUACAACACAAUCACUACUGGGAAAUGGGAAUUGACCCAGGAAAAAAAAGAGAGCUUUUAAAUUGUACAAUCAUUUGAGACUACAGGUGUACAAAUUAUCUAUGAGACGACUGAUUCUGUACAGAGGAUGGCUGUUGAGUAGUGUUAUAUUUUUGUGGACCAAACAA